AUGUCGUCAACCGAGUCGCCAGCAGCGGCUCUAGAGCCAGCUCACACUUUUUCACCAAACCAAGGUUACGACUACGCCAACAACGACCAAGAACAAGCUGGUGGCGUCUUACUGGAUGAAGGGAUCGAAGAUGAACAGGACGACUACUACGAUGACUUGUUCGAGGACAGUGCCGACGAGGUCAACGAUUCAGAAAUCACUUCGUCCAACCCUGCCGACUUUACCAAAUCAUACAAUCGCCAAAGACGUCUCAACGACGACCAAGUCCCUUCCUCUCAAAAGCCCAAGACCAACCCCGCCGGUCAUAAACCUACUGCAAACACUCGAGCCAGUGUGGAUGAUCAAGUCCAGAGUCUGGCACAACAUGCCUCCAAGCUGCGCCUCAACAACCUCGAGUCUGGCUUCGGCGGCGGCAAACAAGAAAGAGGAGGCGGCAAGGACAAGAGCGAUCGCGCCACCAGUGAACAAGUUUUGGAUCCCAGAACUCGCAUGAUUCUCCUGCAGCUCUUGAACAAGAACGUUGUAUCCGAGAUCAACGGUGUUCUGUCAACUGGAAAGGAAGCCAACGUCUACCACGCUGCAACAAUCCCCGAGGAUCACGACGACUCUGAGGGGCCUGCUGUCCCAUUGCACAGAGCCAUCAAGGUCUACAAGACAAGUAUUCUGGUAUUCAAAGACCGCGACAAGUAUGUUACUGGUGAUUUCAGAUUCCGUGGUGGCUACAACAAGAGCGACAACCGCGCCAUGGUCAAGGUCUGGGCAGAAAAGGAAUUCAGAAACUUGCGCAUUCUGCAUGCUGCUGGCAUUCCUUGCCCCGACCCUCUCUAUCUCCGUCAACACGUCAUGGUCAUGAGUUUCCUGGGCAACAAGAAGGGUUGGCCUGCACCUCGUCUGAGAGACGUCGAUUUCCAACUACCCACAGAAGAAGAAAAUGCUGCCAAAUGGAGGGAGAUGUACAUCCAAUUGCUUGGUUACAUGCGCAUCAUGUACCAGACUUGCCGCUUGGUCCAUGGUGAUUUGAGUGAAUACAACUUGAUGUACCACCAGGGUCGCAUCUUCGUCAUUGAUGUCAGUCAAAGUGUCGAGCACGACCACCCACGCUCUCUUGAGUUCUUGCGUAUGGAUAUCAAGAACAUCAGCGAUUUCUUUGCUCGCAAGGGUGUCGACUGUCUGCCCGAGAGAGCCAUCUUUGGCUUCAUUACUUCUGAACAAGGUGGUGUCGAGACUACUCAAAUGGAAGAGCUCAUCGCAAAAAUGUACGAGACAAGAGAGCAGCAAGGCAACCAAGACGACGAGGAAGUCGACAACCAAGUUUUCAGACAACAAUACAUUCCUCAGACUCUUGAGCAAGUCUAUGAUGUCGAGCGCGACGCCGCACGAGUACAAAAAGGAGAAGGCGACGAUCUCGUCUACAAAGCCCUUCUCGCAAACAAGACUACCAUCGGCGCAGAGGAUGCCGAAGACGAUGGCGAUGCCGAGGGCUCAGAAAGCGAGGAAGACGAAUCUGAAGACCCUGACCGACCACGUAGGAAGCGCAACGAGGGCGAGAGACCCCGAGGCAAGCGUUUUGAAGACAAAGAUACUAAGAAAGAACACAAAAAGGCAGUCAAGGAGGAAAAGCGCGAGAAGAGAAAGGAGAAGAUGCCAAAGCAUCUCAAGAAGAAACUCAUUAGUGGUUCUUCUCGCGGCAAGCACUAG